AUGUUACCUAUCUGGAUGAAAAAACAAGCCCAACUUGUACGCAGCCUACCAUUCAUACCUCGAGGCACUAUUUUGCUUAUGCUUCUUAAGCCAUCUUUUUCUUUACGAAAUGGCUCUUUUGUUGGGUUUUGUUCUACAUUACCUCCAUCUCGUGGAAGCGUGAAUGACUUUUCGUAUUUAAAGAGGUAUACACAUCGUUGGUGUAACCGUGUUCGUCGGGAGCCUCAUCAAAUACGAAAUGCAAUUACUAUAUUGAAAAAGAAUUCGUUCUCUUCUUUUUCAUUUACUAGGGAAAAGACCGAUGGAUUGAAGAGCACUUCGAAUGAUUCUAUACCAACAGCUGUGAACGUUGACCAAUUGCUCCUGGAGCUAGAACGGAAAAAAAAAAUUUCUGUACCUAUAAAAGAUGUACUUCAAAAUUCUUUAGAUUUUACAAAGAGGGCUCACAUUUUCUAUGAUACAGAGUCUUCCAAUACAUUGGAAGGGCAAGAAAAAGAGGAGAGCGAUUUGAUUCAAGACCAAGCGACUCCAGAAAUUUCUCAUCCAUUUGAAUAUGGAGAUUUACUUGUUUUGGCACACACCACUGGACUAGAGAUUGGAAUUUAUGUAGGUACAAAUCCUAAGAAUCAUGCCAACUUAAUUACAACCAUCACUGAAGAUGGUGAUAUGAGUUUUAAUCGUAUUCCAAGAGUCUUGCUUCGAUUUCCAAAGUUUAUUGAGGAGUUUCACCGUUAUUGUCGUAAGAAAAAGCUUAAUGGCCAAUUGCGAAUUCCUCCCAAUUACCUGGAAAUGAUCACUAGAAGUCUAAAACGUAUUAACAAAGAAAUUCAAGAAACAUGCUUUAAUAAUCUUGUAAAGUAUAAUGAGAUUUAUCCAACCCUUCGAGCCCGUGAACCUAUGCCUUUUCAUGUUACCUUCGCUGAACUCUUGAAGAUUGUAUACAAGGACCAAACUCCUAGUAUUUCUGAAAAGAUCGCACUUUUGACGUAUCUUGCUACACGCAAUCGCCAUUUCGUAGUUUUGGACCAUCUUUUUUCGGAAAUCCAAACUGUCUUUCUAAACCCUUUAUAUGUUGAUCCAACCUUUGAAGAUGUAUUGCAUACCAUACGUAUCAAGUCUCCUGCUUACUUCACAUUUCUACGAAAAGCGCGUCAACUCAUCCAAAAUGAAGGUUCUAAGACGCUCCCCAGCAGUCCUAAAACUAUAAGACCCAUUCCAUUGCGAUCCUUCAUAUGGGAUGAUUAUGAAAAGAAAAUAAUUAAUUUCAUUAAGUAUCAAACGAUUAUGUGUAACUUGCAGAAAGUUCCCCAUCCGCUGUUGUCUGAUAUAUAUAAAGACUUAGGUUUAUAUGACUAUACCAAAGAUUUUUCUGCCAAUGAUUUCCAUAAAUUAUUGUGCGAUAUUGGGGUUUGGUCUCCAUGGACGUUGUCUCGAUUAUUAGCACCGGAAGCACAAAUUGCUUUUCCUCAGUUACAUUAUAAAACCCGAAAGAAAUAUGAAGAGGAUUACGAACAUUUCUCUGACCCUAGUCAUUCUGUGUCGAAGGAUGUUUUAGAAGACUUACGAACGGAUCUCACCCACCUAAACUGUUUUGCAAUUGAUAGCUCAUCUACACUAGAGGUUGAUGAUGCGAUCUCAAUUGAGAAAAAAAGAAAAGGAUUUUGGUUACAUAUUCAUAUAGCAAAUCCUUCGAGUAUGAUUGAUCUUAAUAGCCCUCUUAUGGCUUUCGCAGAGAGAAACUUUCAGACGCUAUAUUUAACGCACAUUGAAAAGAAGUUUAUGUUGCCGUUGGGAUUAACUAAACAGUUGUGGACGCUAGACGGAAGUGAUAGGCAAAGAGCAUUAACCUUUAGCGCGAAGUUGUCUAAGAAUGGUGAAGUGUUGGAUUAUAAAGUCCAACCUAGCUGGAUAUCUCGCGUAAAGCGCUAUACUUACUCUCAGGUCUGUGCUGCCCUAAAUGAAAAAGAAAAUCUAACGGUAUAUUCCUCUGUGCAGUCGCGAAAUCUUGCCAAGGAGCCUGAGAUACCAGCCGAUGACCGACAGGCUAUCUUCAGUAUUUUAGAGGAGGUGAAGAAAUUCACUCGCCUUAAACAAAAAAACAAUUCGUUUAUGUUUCAACAGCCGUCUUUGUCCGUGGAUUUAUUGCCAGAAAAAAUUCCAGAGACUAUGAUUAGCGGAACGAAUCCGGUUUACUGGAGCUCUUUCCCCUCCAUUUCAUUAACUAUAAAUCAUUCUGGGAUGAAUGUUGCAGAACUUCUGGUUUCGGAAUGUAUGAUUUUGGCUGGUCACAUAAGUGCGAAAUUUUUCAGUGAACAUCGUAUUCCAGGUAUAUACCGUGGUCAGAAUAUACCUUUCUCCUUUGACAAUUCAUUUAAUGAGCACUUUGAUAAACUUUUGCGUGCCCGUGAUGAAUGGGGUAAGGUUCCCCUGGAACAAAUGUACCCAAUCUCCCCGUAUUUGACUUCUUCUUAUAUGUCUACCAAAGGUGCUCCACAUUUUUCUUUAGGAAUUAAUUCAGGAUAUAUGCAAUCUACAUCUCCGCUUCGUCGAUACACGGAUUUAAUUAAUCAUUAUCAAAUGCAAUGCUUGUUCUUAAAAGACAAGUCCAAGUUGAUUACGCAAGAACAGAUUGAGAAAAAUUUACCUUAUUAUAGUAUCAAAGAAAAACUUAUAAAAUAUACAAGCAGAUAUACGGAACGCUUUUGGGCUUUGGAAUUUUUGGCGCGACUUCCGAAAGAUAAGCUACCUUUGUGCCAUGGCAUAAUAAACAAUGAAGGACAACCAACCGUUAUUUUGGAAGAGUUUGGACUCAAGGCACAGAUUACUACUGCUAAUCUUGAUUUAGACUUGGACAAAUGUCAUUUGACUAGAAAGGCAGUCCGUAUCAUGCUUGUUCAGCCUUUUCAAAAUCAGCUUUUUGUUUCAAUCGUUGAAGAAUAGAUAUGUACAUUAAAUAACUUUGUUUUGUUUCUAUUAUAUUAAUAAUAUAGGAUUUUAUUCUUUCUUUUAUCUUACUCAAUAAAUAUUCUAAUUAUCAACAGUUUAGGAUGGUUUAUUUACUAGCGUAGGAUAAGGAGGUCAUGCGAAAACAUC